UAUCGCUGUGUUCAGGGUGUCGUUGUCGGACUAUGUUCUGAGAAGAUGUCCGAAGGUGCUGGUGUGAGCGCCGGGAGCGCUCAGCGGCUGCUGCAGCUCAGCCUGAGAGCAGAAUGGAUCGCACUCGAACAAACACUCAAAGCCUUGGACAAGGGAGAUCCAGACAUCUGCCAAGUGGACGAGGAGUCAGGCUUAAGCCUUAUGAUGAUCGCGGUACGAGAGAACCGUCUUGCUAUAGUGGAGAGGCUGCUGGAGCUGGGGGUCAGUCCUGGAGAAAAAGCUAAGGAUGGCAGGACUGCUCUACACAUCGCUGCUGCCCACUCCAAAGACGACCUUGUGAAACUCCUGGCAAGAAAAGUAGAUCCCAACAAUCCUGGAGGGCCCAAGUCCCAGCUGCCCCUGCACUACGCUGCCUCUCGCUCUGCUGGUUCCCCUGCAGCUGUACAGACGCUGCUCAAACUCUCCAAUAAAGAGGCUCGCCUAACUCCAGACAAGGAUGGCUGCAUUCCGCUGCUCCUGGCUGUUGAGGCGGGGAAUGUUGGAAUCGUUAAGGAGCUCCUCUCGGGCCAAACGGAGCCCCAACUCCACGCUCAGAGAACAGGAAGCGGAGACACAGCUCUGCACAUCUGCUGCCGACGGAAGGAUGUUGAAAUGGCCAAAGUGCUGGUGGAGUUCGGCUCAAAUCUUGAUUCCCAAAAUGAUGAAGGACAGACCCCUCUUCACGUAGCGGCCUGGGAGGGCGAUGAGGCAAUGCUGAAGUUUUUCUACCAGAGCAAAGCGAACCCCAACAUUGUAGAUAAGAUGGAUAGAUCUCCUCUGCACAUUGCAGCAGAGCGAGGUCACACCAACGUGGUUGAGAUCCUCACUGAGAAAUUCAAGUCCAAUGUGUUGGCGAGAACAAAGGAUGGGAGCACACUACUGCACAUUGCAUCCCAGUGUGGUCAUCCAGAGACUGCCCUCACGUUCCUAAAGAAAGGAGUUCCUUUACACAUGCCAAACAAGUCAGGUGCGGUGUGCCUGCACGCGGCUGCGAAGCGGGGCCAUGCAGCUGUAGUGAAGUCUCUGCUCCUGAAGGGGGCACAUGUGGACGCCACCACUAAAGACGGCCAGACAGCGCUUCACAUCGCUGUGCAGAACUGCAAGCCUCAGGUGGUGCAGAUGCUGCUGGGCUUCGGAGCACAGGUGCAGCUCAGAGGGGGAAAGGACUUGGAGACCCCUCUGCAUGUAGCAGCCAGAGUGAAGGAGGGGGAAAAGGUGGCAGAGAUGCUGCUGAAGAGUGGAGCUGAGGUCAACGCAGAGCAGGAGAAUGGUGAGACUGCAAUGCAUGUGGCAGCACGUCAUGGAGCCCUGCAGAUGAUGAGAGCUCUGAUAGAAGAGGGAGCCGACCUCACCUGGAGAUCCAAGGCAGGAGAGAACCCACUACAUGUUGCAGUGCGUCACUGCCAUGCCCACAUGGUGGAGGCGAUCUUAAACUAUCUGACCAACAACAGGAGCCGAGGAGAGGCGGAGCUCUGUGUACGUCAGGAGAACCAGAGUGGAGAGACUGCCCUGCAUCUGGCAGCUGAACUGAAGAAUGAGAUGGUGCACAGAGAUGGAGAAGAUGUCCUCAUUAUCAGAACUCUAAUGGAGCACAACGCUGAUGUCACAGCAGUUACCAGACAGAUGGGAGAAACUCCACUGCAUUACUGUGCCAGAGUUGGCAACGCUGCGGUCCUGCAGGAGAUGCUCAAUCACGUCCCCAGCAGCCGUCUGCAGACAGCCAUCAACAAGCACGCCAAGAACGGCAGAUCUCCGCUGCUGUUGGCAGCCGAGCGGGGUCACACAGCGGUGGUGAGGGUGCUGCUGGAGAACAGUGCCAGAGUGGACGUGUUUGAUGAGGAAGGCAAAGCCGCCCUACACCUGGCCGCUGAGCAGGGCCACGACGACAUCGCUGACAUCCUGCUGUCCCAUAAGGCCUUUGUGAAUGCUAAGACCAAGCUGGGCCUCACACCACUACACCUCAGCGCGCAGAAUGGCUCCGCUCGUCUGGUCAGACUGCUGGUGGAGACUCAUCAGGCCUGCGUCGACGCCCUCUCUCUGAGCAAACAGACUCCACUACACUUAGCCGCUAUUAGUGGACAGUUAGACGUGUGCAGCAGUUUGUUAAACCUCAGAGCUGACCUCACCGCUGCAGAUAUCCAUGGACAGACCCCUCUUCACCUGGCAGCGGAGAACGACCACUCUGAGGUGGUGAAGCUCUUUCUGAAGCACAGGCCUGAGUUAGCCACACUGGCCAACGUGGAGGGAGCUACAUGCACCCACAUCGCAGCGGCCAAGGGCAGCGUGGCUGUCAUUCGAGAACUGCUCAAGUUCAGCCAGGGAGGGCUGACCACACUGCACAACAAGGCUAACGGCUCGUGUCCUCUGCAUUUGGCUGCUGCAGGGGGUCACACAGAAGUCGUCAAGGUUCUUCUGGAGGCGGGAGCUUCAGCUGCAGAGGAGGAUUUAGAGGGAAUGACUGCUGUCCACCUGGCUGCUCGGAGUGGACACACACACAUUCUGGAGGUCCUGAAAGCCAGCAUCUCUCUGAAGAUCAUCAGCUCCAAGACGGGGCUAACGGCUCUGCAUGUGGCAGCCUGUUUCGGACAAGUAGACUUUGUGAGGGAGAUUUUGACCAAAGUCCCAGCAGCUAUCCGCAGUGAGCUGCCCACGGGGAGCAGCAGUAGCAGAGACAGCACGAGGAAACACCAGCUCUCGACUGAGUCAGGAUAUACUCCCUUGCACCUAGCAGCUCAGUCUGGGCAUGAGAACGUGGUGCGCUUGCUUCUGAAUUCAUCUGGAGUGCAGGCUGAUGCUGAGACAGACUCAGAGGGUUUGACUCCUCUGCACCUGGCUGCUCAGAGUGGUCACACGGCUGUGGUUGGUCUGCUGCUCAGCAGGUCCGCCUCUCUGCUGCACCUCAGGGACCGGCGAGGGCGCACCUGCCUGCAUCUGGCCUCCGCACACGGGCACGUGGCCACGGUGAGGGUCCUGCUGGGCCAGGGAGCUGACAUCAACCACACCGACAAGGGUGGCUGGACUGCUCUGCACUAUGCGGCUAAAGCCGGCUGUCUGGAGGUGGUGCGUUUCCUGGUGGAAAGCGGAGCAACGGCACGGGCCGAGUGCCACGCCGGCCGCACCCCGUUGCAGUAUGCGGCCGAGGAGAACCACCAGGCCACCGUCGGCUUCCUGCUCCGCCAACGGGACAACAACACGCUGCGUCUUCUAGAGGACAAAAAGUUCGUGUUUGACCUGAUGGUGUGCGGGAGGCUGAAUGCCAACGUAGCUCUGGAGGAGCUGGUGCUUCACUCUGCGGCUCCUCUGACCACGGCCGUGCGCCUGUCCAGGGCCCUCAGCCUGGCCGCUCUGAGGGAGAAGGAGCGCUCCGCCCAUCUGCAGGCUGCCGCUCAACACUGCGAGGCCAUGGCCUCUGAUCUCCUGAGCCUGGCCUCCUCGACCGAGGGCCGGGGCGCCGGGGUGGUCCUGAGGGCAGUGGAUCACCGGGGAGCCAGCGUGCUGGACUGUCUGAUAGAGGGGAGGCAGAAGGGUGUGGUAGCCCACCCUGCAGUGCAGAAGUACCUGACCGAGGUGUGGUACGGCAGCCUGCAGUGGGACUCGUGGAGGAUCUUGCUGCUGUUCUUCAGUCUGCUGCUCUGCCCUCCACUCUGGCUCGUCCUCUCACUGCCUCUCAAACACAGGUUCAACACGGUCCCAAUCGUGAAGUUCAUGAGUCAUCUGGUGUCCCACGUCUUCCUCCUAGCCCUCUUCAUCCUCACCGUCGCCUACCCACCCGUGAAUCCGCUGUCCGACGGCCGUCUGCUCCCGGGAUGGUGCGAGUGGCUCUUGCUGACCUGGCUGUGCGGGAUGCUAGUGUCCGAGCUGAGCCACCCUGGGGAGCGGGCCGGUCUAGCCUGGGUCAGGCUCCUUCUCCUGGGCUUCUCCGCUGCCGCCCUGCUCUGCCAUCUGCUGGCAACCGCUCUCCAGAGGUGGCCCUCAGCUCCCAUGCACUGCCUGUUUGCCCGCAAUGUAAUGCUAGCAGUUGCCAUGACACUGGGCUUCAUCCAGCUCCUGGAGUUCCUAACAUUCCACCACCUCUUCGGUCCAUGGGCCAUCAUCAUCAGGGACCUGAUGAAGGACCUGUGCCGCUUUGCCGUCAUCCUGCUACUCUUCCACACUGCCUUCUCACUCAGCCUCACUGCCAUCUGCCAGCCCGUAUAUCCAGUAAGUGACCUUCGGAGAAGCAGGGGAAACAAUAGCAGUGUUGAGGAGACCAAGCCUGAUAUAGAGCUAAACCCCCUGGAUGUCUCUGUGCUGCUCUUCUUCGCUCUGUUCGGCCUGACCGAGCAAGAGGACAUCCCUGCUCUGGACCGCUCCCCCGCUGCGGCAGCAGUCUUGGCUCGCCUGGCCUUUGGGGUCUACCUGGUGGUGACGGUGAUCGUGCUGGUUAACCUGCUCAUCGCCAUGAUGAGCGACACCUACCAGCGCAUCCAGGCCCAGUCGGACACCGAGUGGAAAUUCGGCCGUGCCGUUCUCAUCAGAGACAUGAGCCGCAAGUCUGGAACACCGUCCCCUUUCAACCUGCUCACCAGCCUCUUCUUCUAUAUCAAGAUCCUCUGCAAACAUGGAGGGAAGCUGUGCUCAGUGGAGGGUCGUGAUCUAAUGGGUGAAGAAGAGGAUGCUGAAGGGUUACCAAAUAACCGUUCUCUGGAUGCAGUGGCACACACCUCCACCAGCUGGCUCAGAGGAAACAAGAGAACCCAGAUCCUCCCUGAAAGCAGCCCCAUUGAGAUGCCCAGAGUGGGAGGACAAGUGCGAGUAGAGAAUGUGACUGACUGGGCAGUGGUGGUUCAGCGUUUUCUAGCCCUGCAGAGUCAAAAAGACAGAGCACCAAUAGAGACAGUCAACCAUCUAACCCCACUUCAUCAUGAGUAACAAAGCAGACCCUGCCCUAUACCCUGGCCAUCUAGAACUAACAGCAUGAUGUCCAAUUCUUUCUGGUUACAUCCAUGUCACCACUUUCGGGGUUUCAGGGUUAAGCAUUAGCUUUGCAUCUUUACAGACUACAUCCAAUCCUGACCAUCCACUGGACAUAUUAGUGAUAGGCUGAAACUCCAAGCCUGGAGGUUCACUAUGUUAUAUCCAACCAUAUAAACACAGGUGCUUUUUAUGGAACCCCAUAGCACUGCCUUUGAUGAAAUGGUGAUGAAGUAGUAAUAUUAACAGUAUUAUAUUUGUUCAUAUCAUGAAUGCCUUGACAUUAACUUUGUAUUAUUGAUGUUGUCAUGUAUGUAAAACUGUUUCAGACCUGAAACAAAGACCAUUGUAAAAGCAGACAUUUUGAAUUAAGUAAACUGGAUGUAUCCUGACAUAUACAACAACA